CCGGAAGUCGCAGCUUCGUUGCAUCAGACAGCGCAUGUGCAGAACGUCUGAGGGCUCGUGGAUCUGUGUCUAUGCUAACAGCUGAGCCCACGCUUCAUUCAAAGACAUGGCCACUCUCUACGUGUCCCCUCACCCUGAUGACUUCAGGAGUCUCCUGGCUCUCAUCGCUGCAGAGUUUUGUCCGUCCUCUCGCCCACAGAUCACCACAGAGGACCCACCUGCAUCCCUGAGCCUUCGCUCCAGACCAGCCUUGGUGCUGGCUCCUGGGCAGGGUGACUCAGUCCUGAGUGGGUCCGCUGCUGUGGCUUGGUACUUGUCUUUUCAGGGGAAGAAAGCAGGUUUGGAUCCAAAGCAGCAGAGCCAAGUGUGGCAGUGGCUCAGCUUUGCAGACAAUGAGCUCACCCCUGUGUCUUGUGCGGUGGUCUUCCCUCUGAUGGGAGUCAUGGGAGUGGAUAAAAAGGUCCAACAGAGCUCCAGAGCAGAACUCAUGAGAGUUCUGAAAGUUCUAGAUCAGGCUUUGGCACCAAGAACUUUCUUAGUGGGAGAAAGCAUCACCCUGGCUGACAUGGCUGUAGCUACAGCUGUUCUGCUGCCCUUCAGAUAUGCAUUGGAGCCUUCGGACAGAAAAACGGUGACCAAUGUUACCAGAUGGUUUACGACCUGCGUGAAUCAGCCCCAGUUCCUGAAGGUGCUGGGGGGGAUCACACUCUGUGAGAAGGUGGGACCAGUCGCACUCAAAGCAAACGCUGCUGGAAACUCAAAAGCUGCAAAUGCCGGUCCAGCUGUGGACAGCACCGCAGCCAACGGCCCGCCGAAGACUGAAGCGCAGCUGAAAAAGGAAGCAAAGAAGAAAGAAAAGCUGGAAAAGUUCCAACAGAAGAAGGAAAUGGAGGCAAAGAAAAAGACACAACCUCCAGCAGAGAAAAAAACCAAACCUGAGAAGAAGGAGCUCGGAGUGUUUACCUACAACAUUCUCACCCCUGCUGGAGAUAAAAAAGAUGUCGUCAGUCCACUUCCUGACUCUUACAGUCCUCAGUAUGUGGAGGCGGCGUGGUACACGUGGUGGGAGAAGCAGGGAUUUUUCAAGCCCGAGUAUGGUAGGAAGAGUAUCGGAGAGCAAAACCCUCGUGGCAUGUUCAUGAUGUGCAUCCCACCUCCUAACGUGACAGGAUCCCUUCACCUGGGUCACGCUCUGACUAACGCCAUCCAGGACUGUCUCACCAGAUGGCACAGGAUGAGAGGGGAGACCACCCUGUGGAACCCGGGCUGCGACCACGCCGGCAUCGCCACCCAGGUGGUGGUGGAGAAGAAGCUGAUGAGAGAGAGAGGUCUGAGCCGUCACGAUCUGGGCAGGGAGAAGUUCAUCGAGGAGGUCUGGAAAUGGAAGAACGAGAAGGGAGAUCGUAUCUACCACCAGCUGAAGAAACUGGGAUCUUCUCUGGACUGGGACAGAGCUUGCUUCACUAUGGAUCCUAAACUGUCCUAUGCAGUCCAGGAGGCCUUCAUCCGGAUGCACGACGAAGGAGUGAUUUACCGGAGCAAGAGGCUGGUCAACUGGUCCUGCACACUAAACUCAGCCAUCUCUGACAUAGAGGUGGAUAAAAAAGAGCUGACGGGCAGAACUCUGCUGCCCGUGCCUGGAUACAAGGAGAAGGUGGAGUUCGGGGUCUUGGUGUCUUUUGCUUACAAGGUGGAUGCUUCAGAUGAGGAGGUGGUUGUCGCUACUACCCGUAUUGAGACGAUGCUGGGGGACACGGCCGUAGCCGUCCACCCGGCUGACCCCAGAUAUCAGCAUCUGAAGGGUAAAACGGUGCUGCAUCCCUUCUGUGACCGGAAGAUGCCGAUAGUUUUUGACGAGUUUGUGGACAUGAACUUUGGAACGGGUGCUGUCAAGAUCACCCCAGCCCACGACCAUAACGACUACGAGGUCGGAGAGAGACACAAUCUGACCUUCAUCAACAUCCUGGAUGAGAAUGGACUGCUUAUUAACGUUCCUCCUCCCUUCCUGGGCAUGAAACGAUUCGAGGCCAGAAAAGCAGUCCUUCAAGCACUCAAGGACAGAGGCCAGUUCAAGGAGAUCAAAGACAACCCCAUGGUUGUCCCAGUUUGCAGUCGUUCCAAGGACAUUGUGGAGCCGCUGCUGAAGCCACAGUGGUACGUGAACUGCUCCGAAAUGGGUAAGCAGGCCGCAGAUGUCGUCAGAGAGGGCAAGCUCAAAAUCAUCCCCGACCACCACCUCAAGACGUGGUUCAACUGGAUGGACAACAUCAGAGACUGGUGCAUCUCUCGCCAGCUGUGGUGGGGCCACCGUAUUCCUGCUUACUUCAUCACCGUCGGCGAUCCUUCUGUGAAACCCGGCGAGGACACGGAUGGUCAUUACUGGGUGAGCGGGAGAUCAGAGGAGGAGGCCAGAGAAAAAGCUGCGAGACGCUUUAACGUGUCUGUGGACAAAAUUUCCCUCAGACAGGACGAGGAUGUUCUGGACACCUGGUUCUCAUCUGGCAUUUUCCCCUUCUCCAUUUUCGGAUGGCCUAAUGAGACCGAGGACCUGAAGGUGUUCUACCCUGGCACCCUGCUGGAGACGGGUCAUGACAUCUUGUUCUUCUGGGUGGCACGGAUGGUGAUGAUGGGUCUGAAGCUGACGGGCAAGCUGCCCUUCAAAGAGGUGUAUCUGCACGCGGUGGUUCGGGAUGCUCACGGAAGAAAAAUGAGCAAGUCUCUAGGCAACGUCAUCGACCCGCUCGAUGUCAUUACAGGGAUCUCCCUGGAGGGUCUUCAUGCUCAGCUGACAGACAGCAACUUGGACGCUCUGGAGGUGGAGAGGGCAAAGCAGGGCCAAAAGGCCGACUAUCCAAACGGCAUCCCAGAGUGUGGGACGGAUGCUCUCCGGUUUGCAUUGUGCGCCUACACCAGCCAAGGAAGGGACAUCAACCUGGAUGUCAACCGGAUUCUGGGUUACCGUCACUUCUGCAACAAACUGUGGAACGCUGUGAAGUUUGCGAUGAAGACCCUGGGAGAUGACUUUGCACCGUUGGAAAAGGCUCAGCUGUGCGGUGAGGAGAGCGUGUCAGAUCGGUGGAUCCUGUCCAGGCUGAGCGCCGCCGUCGCCCUCUGUGACGCCGGCUUCAAGGCCUACGAUUUUCCAACCAUCACCACCGCCAUCUACAACUUCUGGCUCUACGAGCUCUGCGACGUCUACCUGGAAAGCGUGAAACCGGUGUUUAUCAAAGCGGAAGAGGACGGCGUUGGUCAGAGGCAGGCCCGGGUGUGCAGACAGACGCUCUACACCUGUUUGGACGGCGGAUUGCGCCUUCUGUCUCCCGUGAUGCCCUUCGUCGCUGAAGAGCUCUACCAGCGGUUGCCACGGCGACAACCUCAAACAGAUCCGCCCAGCAUCUCCGUCACAUCUUACCCCGACACCAAGGAGUUUUGCUGGAACAGUGAGGAAGUUGACCGCGACAUGGAGUUCAUAAUGACGGUGGUCAGGACGAUCCGGUCGCUUAGAGCCGACUACAACCUGACAAAGACGCGAGCCGACUGCUACCUUCAGUGCCUAGACGCUGCAACCGUGUCGCUGGUGCAGAAGUACGCUCUGCAGAUCCAGACUUUGUCUUACUGUCAGGCCGUCGCUCCGCUGACAGCCAGUCAGCCGGUCCCAGAAGGCUGCGCUGUGGCUAUUGCCUCUGACAGAUGCACUGUCAACCUCAUGCUCAAGGGACUCAUUGAUGUGGAGAAGGAAGUGACUAAGCUGAUGACAAAGAAAGGUGACUUGGAGAAACAGAUGGAGAAGCUGAGAGAAAGGAUGGUUAAGAGCGACUACAAGGAGAAGGUGCCGGUGAAGGUGCAGGAGCAGGAUACAGAGAAGCUACGGCAGAGUCAGACAGAGCUGGAGAAAGUGAAAGAAGCCAUAGAAAACUUCAGGAAGAUGAGCUAAUGUCUCUCUUGGUUUCUAUGUAAAAUCAGAAUUUACUCCCACUUUUAUUUUCAUGUCUGUUAAUUUUCAGCUCGGCUGUAGUGUGGAGAGAACUCAAUAAAGCACUUAAGGCAGAUAAUGGGAUUCAGUAACACGAGUCUUUAUAACUCCAUGUAGGUGUGAUGAAUGAAUGAAUCCAUCUCAAAUACUUAUUCAGCUUAUUUAAUGGAACACUUAAGAGCAAAACCGGAACAGCUUAAACACUUUGGCUGAUGGUUUAGAAAUAAAACAGCUUUUUACUUAUUAAAUAUUCCUUUAAUUGUAGCUAUAAUGUUUUUCUGCUUGUAAGAGUGGAAGGAGUGAGUGAUGGCAUCAUCGUUUUAAAAGAGAAUGACUAAAUACUCAACUAAAAAGCAAAUAAGUACCAUAAUUUACAUGUUUUGGACUCUGUGAGUGUGUGUGUGUGUGUGUG